GUAGCAGCGAUCGCAGGUUUCCGCGAUCGAUAUCUUAUCUGUUGGCCUCCGUCUUCGCGCUUCUUCUGGCUCCAAAAUCCUCCCCUCAAAACCGUGCUCUCAUCUCCCCGAGCUCGGUUGGGAGAGAGAGGGAAGGAGAUCGAGGAAUGGAGGCUUCUUUGGUGGACGAGUUCGCUCCCAUAUCCGUCGACGACCUUUCGCUGGCUCCCCCCGCCGUCGUCUCCGCUCGGUUCGUCUCCGAUGACCAGUCCGGCGGUCCUCAGCUCCGCUUCCACCUAAUGGACUCUCUCGAAGCCUUUCUCCACCUCGAUCUCCGGGGUGCCCAGCUUUUCAGAUUAGGCCCAGUGGAAUUGCUGUGUGUUGUCGAGGAGUCAAGAACCAAUGAUGCAGAGAAGACCUGUGCAAGAGCAUUUAGGAUUCGGUUAACAACCGAGGUUGAAAGCAAAGCCUUCCAUUCAGCAUUUAAGCAUUGGAAGCAACGAUUGAUUGGUGCAAAAACUGGAUAUCUGGAAGAUAAACAAGGUUUAGCUCCUAUAAGCAAAUUUGAUGAUAAAAUAGAAGCUGCUUCUGCAAGUAUGUACUUCCAUUAUUAUGGUCAGCUGCGACAUCAACAAACUAUUUUAGAGGAUCAUGUGAUGACAGGAACAUAUUAUACUGCAAUUAUCACGAACCAUGUAGACUUUCAAGGCCGUGUUGUGGUUGAAGUUGGUGCUGGUACUGGUAUUCUUUCACUAUUUGCUGCUCAGGCUGGUGCCAAACAUGUCUAUGCCAUUGAGGCAUCUGAAAUGGCAGAACAUGCAUGCAUGCUGAUUGCUGGGAACCCUCCACUUGGGCAGAGGAUCACGGUUAUCAAAGGCAAAGUUGAGGAAGUUGAACUUCCCGAGGAAGUAGACAUACUGAUUUCUGAGCCAAUGGGCACCUUGUUAGUCAAUGGAAGGAUGCUGGAGUCAUAUGUGAUUGCAAGAGAUCGAUUCCUUGUCUCUAAUGGAAAAAUGUUUCCAUCUGCUGGAAGGAUAUGCAUGGCUCCAUUCAGUGAUGAACAUCUUUUUGUUGAAAUAGCGAAUAAGGCCCUCUUUUGGCAGCAGCAGAACUAUUAUGGGGUUGAUCUUACUUCAUUAUAUGGAUCUUUUUUCAAAGGAUAUUUUUCUAAGCCUGUACUUGGUGCAUUUGACCAAAGAAUACUGAUUUCUCCAGCUAUAUUUUACACCCUGGACUUUACCUCCAUAAAGGAAGAAGAGCUAUAUGAAAUCAAUGUACCACUGAAUUUCGUAGCCUCUGUGGGUGCUAUGUUGCAUGGGCUCGCUUGUUGGUUUGAUGUCUUAUUUAAUGGAAGUUCGGUUCAAAGCUGGCUUAACACUGCUCCAGGUGCCCCCACAACUCACUGGUACCAGCUGCUUUGUGUUCUCCCACAGCCAAUGUAUGUCAUGGCAGAGCAAGAGAUCACGGGACACCUUCACUUGGUGGCUCAUCAUGGUCAGAGCUACACAAUUAACUUAAGCAUGUCAGCUAAAAUGUGGGGUCCUGGUGCCUGUCAAGGAGGAAUACUGCAAACUUCAUCAUGCAGUCUUGAUCUACAGAACCCUUACUGUCACAUAUCUCAGUUCUAUGCAGUGCCUCAUGAACAGGAGCUGCUAAAUCAGUUCACACGCUCACAGGAGGCUUCGCUCAAAAGUAUGAAUGAAUCUGAUUCCAGCAAUAGUAUGAAUGAAUUUGAUCCCAGCAUAACGAUGAGGAGUCCUAAUUCCAUCCAGGACAUGCUUGAUUCCUUCGUAGCUUUAGACAAUCCCGAAACCUCACUGGACUUAUAGCAUCCAGUCUUCUGGCGGGCCUGCUUUUCCCAUGGCUGAUGUUUGUAAAGUAGCACACCUUUUUCGGGCUGCUUGUGUUGCCGUGUCGGUCCAGCAAACAUGCUCUGUUGUGGUAAAAAGUAUUUCAUUGAUUCUACAUGUAACAAUGUCCAUAUAUUCCCCCUCCCCUCUUCCCCCAUACCCCCCGCCCCCCAAUGAUUUAGGAGUUGGUGCAUUCUUGGUGACCCUGUGGUCCUGUUUGUGAUAUCAUGUUUCUUCAGUAAACUGUAAAGUUCUCAGAGGUGAACUUGAAAUCUGGGACUAGAAUCUUGGAGACGAUUAUUUGUGGAAGCUUCACAUUUCUCAGGACAAGUUUGAGUACCUUUUUUUUUUUCGGUAAAACAGAGGAAGCCAAGCUUUAUUAAAUACAAUGUACUGACUCAGAAAUACAAAAAGAAAGAACUAAGCACACGUGGAAGGAGUAACGAGAAACUGAGAGAGAAGCAGAGGAAACAAAAAUACCAAGAACAAACGGAAUAUACAUUGUUGUGGAGAAGGAAGUGUAAUAAGAUAAGGACCAAGUGAAGCAGAUGAAGAGCAGUAACCAAUAAAUGCCUUGAAACAAGUCAUCCAAAUUCUGUUAACCGCCGAAGUCUGAGAUACAACGGUAAAUGAAGCACAGAGAGAGAUGCUGCAGUGCUAGCAAAAGAGACCUUGACUGGAACCCAGGAAGCAACAAUACCAAGGUUGAGAACCGCAGAUAAGCAGAUAUUCGAAGUCGGAGAACAACAGAAACAAAAUAAGUAAACAAGAAUAAUUCCUGCCACUGGUGAGCAAUAGUGGUUAACUCAAACGUAACCGUAGAAUGGUCUACCAGGCCGAAGAAGCCAAACAAUCCCACCAUCAGCCUUGAGAUCAUAAGGGUGGCACAAAGAAGAUAUGCAAACAGUGGACACCAUUUAUGCUAAUGCUGGACAUACGGAGGCAGAAUCUUGAGACUUAUGCAAUAAAAACCCAUUGAACCAGAAAUGUAACAAAUACCCAUUGCAUGUAGCAGCUGAAGAAAGAAGAUACAAAAUCAUCCAAGAUAGAGAGCUGGAAAAAUGACGACCAAAGCAGUUGAAACCAAGGCAGCCGGGACAGCAAAUCUGUACACCAAGCAGCGGAAACCUUAUAGCAUGGCAACUGAAACCACAGCAGCUAAGAGACCGAAUCUGUACCCCUAACAGCAUCUACAGACUGAUAAUUAGAGGAAACUAGAAAGUCUGUACUGAAUGUGAUAGCAAUACAAAAAAGCAGUGGAUGCUGAAUGUAUCUAUAAAAGCAUGAAAACCUAUUCGACAGUAGAUAAGUUUGAGUACUUGUAUCUCAAUUGCUUGCAACUCUGGUUACACUGUUAUUGCUGCUUGAGUGGAGAUAAGAAUCGUAUGUAACUCCAGCUUCUAAGGGCAGGACAACUGCGUGAAAUUUGAUGCCCUCCGACCAACUACAUAUAAAGAACACUGAAAGGGAGGAUUACUAAUAUCUAUCUGAUGUGGGACAAAACCUAAGGCCCUUGGAGUCUGCAGACAUAGUGCCGGAUGUGAAAAACUUUCCCAGUAGAAGUAUAAUCCAUGUAUUUAAAGAGAACACCUCAUGCUGUCAUGCUUCUCCACAGGCUUAACAGUAAUGUGUGCAGCUUCUUGUUCUCUUUCAAAUGGACUCUGACCUUCCGCUUUCCUAUCAGUAAUCCUUUUAACAUCAAGAUGGGGAAAUAGGGAAUGGCAGGAGCUAGUUGGACAAAUAUUUCUCCAAGAACUCCAGGGCGGAGGCUAACAGGAGCUGAGGCUGCUAUUAAGUCUUGAUCAUUGUGCCGCUGAACUCUUAAUAGGUUAUAUUUAUUUCAUUGGAAAGUUUGCAACUGUUUCUCACUUUGAGGGUGGGGUUUGGCCCUAUGCUAACAUAGCUCUAUUGUGAUCUAGGUUUCAUGGAUUCAACAUACGAAAAUGGCCUCUCUGUAUAGGGGAGUAAGACUGCAUGCACUUGACCUCCUCUAAAACCUGCAAUAGCAGGAGCUCCAUGCACUUAGAUGCCCUUUCAUCUCACCAAUCCAAAUUAAGUCUUGGAUCUCAUGUUUGUGUUUUGCGGCUGUAUAAAGUCAUUGCCUUUUCAUUUGAAAAUAAGAUUUAGAAGCCACCAACCAAUGGUAAGAGGCCAGACUUACUGACGAUUUGCUGCUGAUAAUGAAGCAUGUGGGAUGAUGGUACAUGGCAACCCAUGAAGUAUGACAUACUAAUAUGACUUAACUGUGGUCAAAGUAGAAAACUGGGCACAUACUGUCUUGUCUCCACGGUGAUGGAGUGCUUGUGGGAAGAAU